CUCCUCUUUGUUUACAUUCAUAUACAUUUGUCUUUUCUCUCCCAUGAUUAAUGGUGAUUGGGAUCUCUUUUCCAUUAUGCAUAGUUGCAACGCUACCUCCUUAACUCCUUCAUCCGCCAUAUCUGAAACAUCACCUCACAUUCAAACAACUUUUAAAACUUCACCUCACACCCUAACCACCACCACCACGAAUAAGAUUAUAUCACUUCAAAAUCACACACCACACUUUGAUGAUUUUACUUUGUCCUAUGAAAAUAACCCGGACCUUUUUUCUAUGUUGAAAUCAAAUGAUUUUCUACCUCUCGAAAAUGUUAUACCUAAUUCCAAUCCUACCCCCACAAAUCCUAUAAGGAUCCCCACCACCAUUUCUUCCAACACCAAUAUAUCUGCCAUCAUUACCCCUGUCACUACUAACACCACUUUCACGACUCCCACCCUCACCACCACUAUCCCCACCACGACAUCAGCUUCUCCUAUCUUUACUACCAUAGUUAACAUCAACACUAGUAUUAAUGGAACCAAUCAUUAUCCUACCAUUUUGGAUUUUCCAAUAUUUAUCGGGCAACAACAAAUUAAACCAAACAACAACAAUCAAACGAUUUUCCCCGAACCUUCCGCCAACAUUGAAAUCACAACUGCACAUUUUGAUCUUGCAUACAAUCAUCCAUCGGUUCUUCGAGAAAUCCAAAGAAAAUGCAAUCAACUACCAAUUCAAGUACCCCAAACUAGUUUUGGGGUUAUGCCAAAUACACUUUCACGACAUCCAAAUCGAAAAUUUUGGAAAAGGAAGAAUAAUAAUGUGAAGAUAUUGGAGUGUCAUUUGAGUGCCGAAAAAAUCAAAGAAGAUCCGUGGACAUGGAGAAAAUAUGGAGAAAAAAUCAUCAAAGGGUCUUCACAUCCAAGAAGUUAUUACAAAUGUAGCAGUUUCAAUGUUUGUUCGGCAAAAAAAAUUGUAGAAAAAAGCAAAACCAAAGAGAACACUUAUGUUGUGACGUAUAAAGGACAUCACAAUCAUAAAGAGCCAAAACGUAAACAUAAAUUUGACAUUGAUACCUUUCGAAACAACUCAUCAAAGGAAGGAUUAUCCACUGCUAAAAUUGUUGAAUCAUCCUCAAAUGUAAGAAACAUGGAUUCGUCUAAUGUCGUAAUAACACACUUUGAUCAGACUGAGAACAUCAAUACUCAAAUUCUCUCAACUCAAUCAAAAGUCCUAUAUCCAAAAAAUGAACUUACAAAAAAUCACUUGCUUGUUUCCCAAGAAGUUGUAUCAUCUUCUAAUGUUGGAAACUUGAGUUCAUCUAAUGUGAUGAUGUUGCAGUUUGAUGAGCCAAAGAGUAGUGAUGCUCAAGUUUUCACUCGUGAAUCAACAAUUCCUUAUUCACAAAUAAAAUCGAUUGAAAGUUGUGAUGAUGAUGACCAUCAUAUUUUGAUACCAAACAUGAGAGCAAUGUCAGAGGAUAUUUUACUAGACUUCAACCACCUCAACGGUGGUAGGUUUUUCUCUUAGUUGGGUCUAAUCCAUUAUGUUUUCUUGAUUUGAGAUGAUCUAGUUUUAGAUUGUCCUUAAAUAAUAUAUGAUUCAAUGAGUUUUCUAAUGGAUGAAUAAAUUGUAUAAAUAAAUAUUAUUAAUUGAUCCCUUUUCUCUUACCAA